GCGGCCGCCCGAGACACGUGUGCCCGCGCCCGGCGGGCGUGCGGGGAAGCGCGGCCACGCCUGGUCCGGCCACCAUUUCUCCGGCGCCCACCGGUUCGAGUGCGGAGCCUGAAGCAUGAGCGGCGACUCGGAGCGCGCGGUGGCCCCGGGGGUGGUGCCUGCACCCUGCGCCUCGAAGGUGGAGCUGCGGCUGAGCUGCCGGCACCUGCUGGACCGGGACCCGCUGACCAAGUCCGACCCCAGCGUGGUGCUGCUGCAGCAGACACAGGGCCAGUGGCUACAGGUGGACAGAACGGAGGUGGUGAAGAGCAGCCUGCAUCCUGUGUUCUCCAAGGUCUUCACUAUCGACUAUUACUUUGAGGAAGUACAGAAGCUACGAUUUGAGGUGUAUGACACCCACGGGCCGAGUGGGCUGAGUUGCCAGGAUGAUGACUUCCUAGGGGGCAUGGAGUGCACCCUGGGUCAAGACCUCUUCAGCAAGUCGGACCCCUUCCUAGAGCUGUAUCGGGUCAAUGAUGACACGAGUGAGCAGCUGGUGUACAGGACAGAGGUAGUGAAGAAUAACCUUAACCCCGUGUGGGAACCCUUCAAGGUGUCCCUGAAUUCACUCUGCAGCUGCGAGGAGACACGGCCUCUGAAGUGCCUGGUCUGGGACUAUGACUCUCGAGGAAAGCAUGACUUCAUCGGCGACUUUACCACCACCUUCGCAGAGAUGCAGAAGGCCUUCGAGGAGGAGCAGGCCCAGUGGGACUGUGUGAAUGCCAAGUACAAACAGAAGAAGCGCAAUUACAAGAAUUCCGGCGUGGUGAUCCUUUCAGACCUGAAGGUAGCCAUCGACUUCACAGCCUCUAAUGGUGACCCGAGGAACAGCUGUUCUCUCCACCACAUCAACCCGUACCAGCCCAACGAGUACCUGAGGGCGCUGGUGGCAGUGGGCGAGGUCUGCCAGGAUUAUGACAGUGACAAGCGCUUUUCUGCUUUGGGAUUUGGAGCCCGGAUCCCUCCCAAGUAUGAGGUGUCCCACGACUUUGCCAUCAAUUUCAACCCCGAGGAUGAUGAGUGUGAAGGAAUCCAGGGCGUGGUAGAGGCCUACCAGAACUGCCUGCCGAAGGUCCAGCUCUACGGCCCCACCAAUGUGGCACCCAUCAUCUCUAAGGUGGCCCGCAUGGCAGCAGCUGAGGAGCGCACGGGGGAGGCUUCUCAAUACUACAUACUGCUGAUCCUCACGGACGGUGUGGUGACGGAUAUGUCGGACACUCGAGAGGCCAUCGUGCGCGCCUCCCACCUGCCCAUGUCCGUCAUCAUCGUUGGGGUGGGCAACGCUGACUUCACGGAUAUGCAAAUCUUAGACGGGGAUGACGGAGUCCUGCGUUCCCCACGGGGCGAGCCUGCACUCCGAGACAUCGUCCAGUUUGUGCCCUUCCGUGAGCUCAAGAAUGCAUCCCCUGCGGCACUGGCCAAGUGUGUGUUGGCCGAGGUGCCAAAGCAGGUUGUGGAGUACUACAGUCACAAGGAACUGCCCCCUCGAAGCCUUGCCACCCAGACUGGAGAGGCUGGUGCCAGCUCAGCGCCAUGAGGAUGUCAGGGGAGGGGGCUCCGAGCAGAACUUUCAUCUACAGCAUCUCCUGUGCCCCCAGAGACCCCUCAGAAGCUUAUCACCCAGUCCACUCCUGUGUUCUGCUGGCCUGGGUCAGUGGCCUGUUCCCCAAAUUGAAGAGAUCCAGGCCUUGUGGUGUGACGGAAAUCAGCAGCUCCCCCAUGUCUGGGCCUCCCUGCACCCAACAGGCUCGGAGCAGGGUAUUCUGAAAGAACUGAAGCUACAAAGUUGCUCUUCCCCUUCUUGCUUGAGCGCACCUCUCCUCACAUCAGGUGUCAACCAUAGCACCACUUCAGAAGAGGCCCCAAGCCCAACUUGCCCCAGAGAGAUGGAUGGGACCAUGCCUGUCAUAAUCCUGGCAGCUCAGCUAUGGAUAUGGUGAAGGGGUGACCGACCUGGAGAAUCUUGUCAUUUGAUCCUGUGGUGAGAGGCAGUACCCCAACUCUUGAGGACACCUAUAUCUAGGCACUUUGUCCCCAUAGGUUUCUCUGUCCUAUCUGGUGCCGCUCCAACCUGUGGCCAUACCUGAGACCCUGGGGCCUGCGGGGUCUGUGGGAGGCAGCUCUGGGUAUAAUAAAGUCUCCCUCCUUCACAC